AUGGACGCUGUGACGGCAAACGAGUCCGCAACCAAACGCUGCGUGACUGGGGACAAUGCUCGACAUUUCGUCGCCGACGUCCUCCAGGGCAACGGUGUGUCCGAGGAGAAUGCCAAGAUCAUAGCCGACUGUCUGAUCCAGGCUGACCUGCGGGGGGUCGACACUCACGGCAUGAAUCGCAUCCCGUCGUAUAUGGAACGCAUUCGGCAGGGAGUGCUUGAUCCCACUGCCCAGCCCGUGUUCAACCGGGUCACCCCCGUGGUCGGACAAGUUGAUGGUCGCAAUACGUUUGGAUUCCUGUGUGCGCAUCUGGGCAUGAAGCAUGCGAUAGAGAUCGCUCGCACGUAUGGGAUUGGAAUGGUCAGUGUCAAGCAUUCCAACCACUUCGGUAUGUCUGCUUGGAUCGUGCAGCAAGCCAUCGACGCCGGGAUGAUGAGUCUGGUGUUUACAAACUCGAGCCCGGCGUUGCCAGUGUGGGGAGGCAAGGAGAAACUCAUGGGCGUGAGCCCCAUUGCAUGUGGUGCGCCUGCAGGCAAGGCGCCACCGUUUAUCCUUGAUAUGGCGCCCAGUGUUGCGGCCAGGGGGAAGAUCUACAAAGCGAAACGGCGCGGAGAAAAAAUCCCACUCGAUUGGGCCUUGGAUAAGGAUGGGAAGCAGACAGAUGACCCGGAGGCGGCAUUGGAAGGUGUUAUGCUCCCCAUGGGCGGUCCCAAGGGCUCCGGUCUCUCGAUCAUGAUGGAUGUCUUCUCCGGGGCGCUGUCUGGCAGUGCGUUUGCUGGCCAUGUGAGCAAUCCGUACGACCCCAGCAAGCCUGCGGAUACUGGACAUUUUCUUAUCGCCAUCAAACCUGAUCUGUUCAUGGGUUUGGACGAGUUCAAGGACCGCAUGGACUAUCUGUACCAGCGGGUUGUGGGGUGUGAGAAGAUGGCGGGUGUAGAGAGGAUUUUCUUCCCAGGGGAAAUCGAGCAGGUCAUGGCUGCCGAGCGGAUGAAGUCGGGGAUUCCCUUGGUGGGAGCAGAGAUUGAAGCAUUGAAUGCAGAGGCUGUAAGAGUAGGCAAACCGCAGCUCGUGCUUAUGGAGAGUCAGCCUAGUGCGUAG